UUUUUUCCCUAUCUUCUUCCAAACUCCUUUUUUUCCUUCCAGUUCUGCAGAAAGUGGCCAGAAUUAUGGGGACUUUCAGAUGUUGCCUGAGCUCCGUCCCCACCAUUUAUUUAUUGCCGUUUGGAACAUUUUGCCUGCCUGUGUCACAGCCAGCACCUCAAAGUGGGAGUAACUCAUAAAUCCCAGGAUCUUCCUGGGUGUGACUGACCAGCUGCACUACUGAGCAGAUAACAGAGUCCCCUCAGGGUUUAUGAUAUGCCAAUAGAAAGUCUGGAUUAAUGGAUUACCAGCACAAUGCUCUAUGAAGUCUUUAUAAAGCUCUGACUGCUGGGCAGUCUGAGACCUCAGGAGAAGAGGGAAAGUCUGAGAGACACAAAAAAGGCCAAAGGCAGAGGAAAUAAAAUCUGUCCAGUUCAGGAGAGAAUUGGCUUUGCAGGCACUAUGAAAAGCUUUCUUUCCUGGACAGUCCUGGCAGUCCUUGUCCUGGUGCACAUCUCCCAGGCAGUCUAUGUUCAGGAUGGAGACUUGAGAUUCCCCCUGGAGUCUGUGAAGAAGCUGAAGGAGCUCAUGGAUGGCAACAGACACAUCAACCCUCGCAUGAUGGUUCCCCUGGCCAGCUACUCCCCCUGCCAGGAGAAACGCCUCCCUGAGGAAUUCCGGCCUGUGUGCAAGAGGGAAGAUGCACUCAUGAUUUUUAGGAGGCUGAGCCUGGCUGCUGAGGAUGACCUCUGUGAGAUCUGUGCCAACGCUGCCUGCGCCGGCUGCUUCUGAGAAGGUGGAAAAACCCACAAAAGACAUAUCCAGCUGGGAAGUUUGUGCAUUCCUGUGGCAAGAUCAUGUACUUUCAACAAUCAAUACUCCUGGGCUUCAUCUCCCACUCCAGCCAAGCUGGAGCUGCCUGCUGGUGAGGACAUCCCUGCAGUCCUGCAGCACCUGGAUCAGGUGCCACCAGCACAGCAGAUCUGCCAGCAGGGAGGCUGGGACUCCUCUGAGAGGUUCCAGUGCUGCAGGAGCUGGGUGACACUGGAAUGGAAAUGCCCUGGGUUUCAUUUCCCACUGUUUUUCCUGGAUUUGAACACGCUGUGUGAGACUCAGCAUCCCCUGCAGCCUUUUCAAUGCCUAAUAUCUAAUAUUUAAUGUCCAAUAAGGAGUAUCUAAUCAUUCAUAUCUGCCUGUGGUUUGGCCUCCCCUGCACAGAACAGCACUGGGUUAUUCCCUUUCCCAGUCCCUCCUUCCCUUUCCCUUCCACCUGUCUGCAGGUGACACCUCUGAGUUUGUAGCAGAACUGCAACAAGUAACUCGAGCUGAAUUCCUGGUGUUUAGGAACACUCUGACAGUCAGAAAUCAGCCUGUUCCUUGUACUGAUUGUUGUUGAUUUAGGGAAUGGGUGUAGAGCAGCACAGGAACACUUCUUCACUGGCUGGAAUAUCAAAGUUCUUUAAACUCUCUUUGAGAGAAAGGAAUUCCAAAGUGCAGUGCUAGAAUCACACUGAAAUGAAAGCAUUGUUUGUAGUUUUAUUUAUUGGUGGCAAGAUUGGGAAGAAAUUAUCUGUCCGUGUUUAUAUGCUGUACAGGCAAUAAAAAACUGUAAUAAUUUGGA